AUGGAUACCAUUCACUUGCCCCGAGAUAUCAUUAUAGUCGGCGCAGGCAUUGCAGGAAUCGCUUGUGCCCUCGCGCUCUCCCACGAACUUUCUCCCUAUGUGCCCGACCUCAGAAUAAAAAUUUACGAGCGACAUGAUAUCUUAUCCACAUCCGGGGGAGCGAUUAACCUGACACCCGUCGCGCAACGUCACCUUGCCCAGCUUGGGAUUCUCGAGGAGCUGGACCGCAUGGGCUCUGAGGGGGGAGCAGAGGUCGAUGCUAUUUCACUAUACUCUAUACGAUCUGGCCGCUCAAUCGGUUCAAUUAGCUUUGUCGACCAUCAUGGAAAUGGUUAUGGAGGAUUCAAAGGUCGCCGGGUGAUGCGCAUUGUGCUCUCAAUGGCGAUGCUGACAUUGGCGGAACGAUCCCCUAACAUCGAAUUGAUAUUCGGCAAAAAGGUGGUCGGAGGCGAAGAAACCGAGAGUAACGCCGUUGUUCAUUUCAAAGAUGGAUCCAAGGCUGUCGGCGAUUUGGUGAUCGGCUGCGAUGGAGUUCACUCUGCGGUUCGCACAUGCUGGGUCGAUCCAGAUACCCCAUCUGAAUAUACUGGUAUAUCGUUUCUGCAGGCUACCGUACCAUCAGACAGUAUUUCUUCACCCAUGCAUUUCCGCUCAUCGGCCCUCAAUAUUUCACGACAAGGCUCGAUGUUGACCAGCUACUGCGAUCGCGACCGUGAGCAAAUCUUCGCUGCCGCGACUGUGCAAUUUAGCCAAGAUGACUUGAGCUAUUAUCGGAUCGAGCCCGGGCAAGACUGGGCAACGCGAAAUAGGAUAAAGUGUGCGCUUCGUCGGGAGGUUCAAAAUCGUUUCGCCAAAACUGCUAUACCUUGCAUUCGGGAGAUAGUCAACAGUGAUGCAGACUGGAUGCUUUACCCUGUUCAUCAAGUACCACCAGGUGGCAGAUGGUGCACAAAUCGUGUGAUUUUGCUUGGCGAUGCAGCACAUGCGAUGCCUCCUAGAGACGAGUCCGCCGCCUACGCACUAGACGAUGCAAUUCUCUUUGCUCGUAUUCUAGUCCGUUAUCGAUCGGAACCACUGCCCGAGGUAUUUGAUGCGUAUGAGAGUAUGCGCCGCGGAACCAUCGAACAAGCUUUCAAAGAAUCUCAUCGUAUGUGGGAUCGAAAUCGUGAUAUGGGUAUGUUAGAGGGUCGACUUAAGGAGUGGUUGAUGCCGUUUUAUCUACGCAGCCACCGUGACAAGCGCGAAGCAGCGUGGGAGUUUGACGCGGCUAAGAUUACAAUUCCUACACCUGCCCCUAGUGAAGAUUUAGUGUCUUUGAAUUCAUUUUUGAAGGAGCAGACGACAUGA